AUGUCGAGCUGCUCCGACGAUUCGUUGGAUUCACUUUUUCAUUACGAGCCGAGCCGCAUAGAUGCCGAGGCGAGAGGUACGGCAGAAUCCUCCGAGGCGUCUGUUUCGCCGAGCCCCUCCAAUCGUUCAUCUGAUGAGGCGUCAAACCAUGCAAAUCCGUCAGAUGUCGGCUCUCUGGAUGACGAGUCGUCGGUUUCAAAGAGCCGUCCCCAGGAUCCCGUUCCUGGUGAAGACAUUAAUCGCGCCGCACUUAAGGCCGAGGAGGAGGCAUUUCCCUUUGACCUUUUCGAGGCAAAGCGUGAAUUGGAACGUCUCAUGGCGUCCCGAGGCGCUUCCACAUCUGGGCGAGGGCCAAGAGUUAAGAGACAAAAACCUGACCUGCCUGGCUCUACGCUUUGCUCCCUUGAGUCGCUCGAGGCGUUGAGGCAUCGCUUCGGGAUAUCCGAGGCGGUGGAGUUCGUCGUUCCAGAGAAGAGCGACCGAGCCGACAAGCCUCCAGAGAAUCAUUUCACUCUGUACGAGGCGUUCUUCGAGCUUUGCUUCCUCUGGUUCCCGAUCCCCGGAGUGAUCUUUGAAUAUCUCUGGAAACACGGGAUCUCGAUUGGGCAAAUCAUGCCGAGGGGAUUAGGGCAUAUGAUUGGCAUCUUAGUUCGAAGCUUCGAGUGCGGAGUUGAUAUCCAGCUGAAUCACCUGCUGAACUUGCUGGAAAUCAGGAAAGCUCCGAAGGGAAAUAGAUUCUAUAUUUCCAACAAGGCGAAGGGACGGAUCAUCGGCGGUUUUCCCAGCAAUGAUCAGUUUUGGACUGAACGCUUCUUCUACGUCUUGGUGAACGAGGCGUCGGUCGGCGAGAAUUAUGUUCAAAGAACCAAGACCGCUUGGGGACCACUUGUUCGGUGCUUUUUUCCCCCGAUUCCCGACGACCUCUUUACUGUUCGAGACUCUCUUUCGGCACGGAAGGUUAAUUGGAGGAAGAAUUUCACCCUCGAAAGAGUGGAAAAAGCGCGAGCCAUCCUUGCCGGAGUCCCCGUCAGCUCUUCAUCCUCCAGUUCUUCAAGAGAUACCCGAGAGAAGAUGGUGAUAAUCGCUCUCAGAGAGAGGAAGAGGCGCGAGGAAGAAGAGGCCGCGAGACGAGCUGCCGAGGCGGCUCAAGCGUAG